AUGUCUUUUCGCGAAGUACGAAGGAUUCCAAUAACCAGAGGAUGGGGUCCCUGCAAGAGAACUCACUGGGUACCUGUCAGCGAUUACGAGAUGUGGCAGACUCCUGAUGGCUUCACCCAUACGUCGCACUGGAGGGUCGGCAUCGAUCCUUGGGCACUUGGGACGCGAGGACCAGAGAUAUAUCCGGCACGCGACGAUAUACGAUAUGUGGGGUUUCGAGAAACCAGGCCUGGUGGGCCUGGCUGGCUAUUGGGCCCUGGAGUGGAGAGGAUUCGGGAUGGCAAUUGGAGCCUGGCCGAGAUCAAUGAGGUAUUGGACGGAGGAUAUGCUCGAGACCGGCAGGAGCUCGAGGACCGGCGGGCGAUCGAGGAACGGCGGACAGACGAGUAUAGAAGGAGAUGGCUCGCGCUCCAUGAGGCGUCCACUGGCACACAAAACCGGCUGGCCCAGCACAUGGAGGACUAUAAUAACGCCAUGCAAAUGCCUAUCGCCAACGACAGACUCACCAGCCUGCGGCGGGACGCCGAAUCGUAUAGCGAAAGACGGAGACAGCGAGAGGAAGAGCAGCACAAACGAGACCGACAGAGGGAGAGGGAGCUUCGCGAUGCGGCCCUGGGACGGAGGGUUGAUGAGGACUUGGAAGACUAUGGAUUCGUCCCUGUCACGCCCACGCGACGGCGACGAGGGCGACGGUGA